AUGGAGGUCCCGACGUCGGCGCCGCUUCUCCCGGGAGUGGCGGGGAAACGAUGCGCGCACUGUAACACGCACACGACGCCGCUGUGGCGCAACGGGCCAGACGGUCCGAAAACGCUCUGUAACGCGUGUGGGGUGAGAGACAAUAGGAGACAUGCCAAGGCGACGCGAGUGGCGAAGCCGGUGGCGCCAAAAGUGCCAAAGGGUGGAAAUAAGAACGGCAAGGGUGAUGGGAAAAAGCGCGGCGCGUCGUCGCCGGGCAAGGGGGAGAAGAAGGCGGCCAAGAAGCAGAAGCUCGCGCGUGAUUAUUUCGCGCAAAAGGCUGAUAUUCACGUUCCAAACUUCAACGUAGUACCGGAUUACGCGAUGAACCACGCCGCAGGUUUCAAGCAACCGGGUGAAUACUUGCGUCAAAACGUGCCGGACCAUCAGCUGAACCGCUUCGGACCGGGUACCGCGGCUCCAAUGUACGAAUCUACGCCUGCGGACUUCCAGUGGCUCGAGCACAUGAAUUCUGAGCCGUACGAGUCCAAGAGUGCGGUGUGCGCGACGACGCCGAACGCGCAGUUCAUGAGACCGGAACACUUGGAGAAGCUCUUCGACGUCUUCGAAGAGUCAUCCUGGGCGCAGUCACAGAUGCCCACACAAGAACAGGCGGUUCAACAGGUGCUGGGGAACAUGUUCAAUGCGAGCAAUACGGCGGAAGGGAAAAUAGAAGACGUUCUGCACUGGGCAUCCAACGCGCAGUUGGGCGAUGGGCAACUGGUCAACUUCAAAUCUGAGGCUGACGCUUGGAAUCCGUUCGACCUGAACGACGAACAAUCGAACCACAGCUCGUCUGAAACGGCUGCUCCGCUGACUCCGAGCGGCACCGCGGACUUUUUCCUGAAACAUACUGCCACUUCUGGUGUUAAGGCAGAACACGGUGACGAUGACUCGUCGACGCAGUCAGCUGACGAUCUUGUCGAUCGUCGGUUGACGGCGGGUCAUCAACAGUCGGAAAACAGGAAGAGCAGUGAUCUCGGCACCCGUGCCCAAGUGGGUUUAACGCGUCGCGGCGGUAAGUUACUAGGUAACCUCCGUUGCGGCGCCCAGGUGUCACGCCCCUCGACUGGAGGCAAGAGUGAGCUCAAGAACGCAGUCCAAACCAUCAACAAUAAGAUUUUCAAGAUCAAUAAGCACGCCCCUUCAUUGGAAGUGUUGUGUAAGAUCUACCGUUACUGGCUCGAGAAGCGGUGGAAGAGCGGUGGGAGACCACUGCUGCCGCGAUUCGAUCCUGUGCCUCCGUUGCGGCUGAGAGAACGACCGGAGCUCGCGACAGCUGAUGAGCAACUCGCUUAUCUAUUCUGUUUCGAUCUUCACGCCGUCUCAAGGCAACAACAAGAGAGAGCCACCAGAGUCGAGCAAGCUGAAGCUCAGAAGAGGCGAAGACGACGACCGUGCUUCAAUCCGUCGGCGUGCAAACGUCGGCGCCGCAUGCAAGCGGCGAUGGAUGACGCCGUCUCGCGGCCUCUGACGAUGACGUUUGAGCCCCUCGAUGAGCUCUUCGCGCACGGUUGGGAUCUCGUAGACUACGAACCCGAAAUGCGCGUCGCGCCCAAAAAGAAGUCAAGCAAGCAAGGAACGACGUUAAAGAAGGAGCAGACACCUUUCAAGGUAGAUGUUUCCAACCCUCCGGCUCCCCUCGCUCCAGAGGAAUCGGUGGUUUCUGACGACAUCGCACCGAGCAAUCUCGCCAUGGCCUCAAUCGACUCCCAUUUGAAAUCACCGAUGGGAGCGGCCGCUGCUAAAGCGGGUGCUUUGAUGAAAAACCUGGUAUCUUCCGUCGGUUGUGCUCUCGGUUACGGCGGUAAUGGAAGAAAAUGUGAAGCGGUGUACGGAUCUACGCUCCAGGCAGAUCUAAGCGCGCCGCCAACACCCGCGGCACGCUAA